AUGAGUGAACGAGAGGCAAGCCAAGUCGAGAGCGUGGCAGGUCCUCGCGGUCCGCGAGGCGGUACCGCUGAGGCACUGUCUGCAAUCGGUCCCUUAGGCGGUGUAUCAAACAACCCGUUAGGCGACUCGUCUAACACUGGGUCGGGCGGUGCGUGGAAAAGUCCCUCAGGUUACGCCGGUUGUAGGGUUCACCGGCGGGACGGGUUUCGAUAUGACGUUCAGCCGGCACAUUCGGCGGCACAUGCGGCGGCAUGUGUGAGCCGUGUGCUUUUGUAUCAGCCGUUGUUGUGUGAAAUGUGGGACCCAGGAUUUGUGGUGAACCGAUACCGGAGUGUGGCAGAGGAACGUUUGCUAUUGAGUGUACAAUGUCUGUCAUCGUUAGACAGACGGCACCGACCGGCUGCGACAUUGGUAGCGCAAGCAACACGCGAAAUUCGUGCGGCUAUCGCGGCCCGGGACGCGGAUGUGUGCGCGUACUUUCUAACACGCCGGACGGAACAGGCUGCACGGGAUAUUGCACACAGUGCCGCUACUCCCGCACCCUCCGCACCCUCCAGACGCCCACCGGGCCAACUCACACUCGAACAGGCCUUCGGCCUUCCGCCCCACCGCGACCCUGUCUGGACAAGAGUCCGAAUGGCCGCAGCUGCAAACGCCACAGGUCUAGGCGACCCGAACGACCGAAACGUAUUGGGGGCUAUUCUUGUGGGGGCCACCCCUGUGAGGGGUACCCCUGUGAGGGGUACCACUGGGAGGGGUACCACUGGGAGGGGUGCCCGCACUGUGGCUGUGCCAGGCACAGACCUCGUGGCGGCGGCGCCGAUGGCGGUCGAACUCGUGACGACGGCGCCGGCGGCGGCUGCGCAGGAGACGACGUUCGAAAUUCUGGUGGCCCUGUACCACCAGCGAUACUUCCCACCAAAUCCGACCUUGCUAACGCCAGGGCUGGUGAAUCACCGGCUGUUGGACCCGCUAGCACAACGAAGACCGGGUCGGGAGUUGCAGACGCGGCCAGGUCGGGACCCCCGACCAGAGUGUGCGGCCGCUCCGCUGCCGACGGAGCUGCUGCAGUCGGUGGCGAGUCGCGAGUUUCCGGAACGGGCCUCGGACCUGGCGCUGUGGCAGUUCGGACUUCAGGCCGUUACACGUUUCGCUCCCUCGCUGUCCGCUGAAACCGCCCUCAAAUCGCACUACACUCUGGCCACUCUUAACCUCCUCGUGCGCUGGGUGCAGACUCCCGACCGCCAGACCCCAACCGAACCUGCAAGAGGCAGGAACCCGCAAAAGCUUGUUACGCAAAAGCCCGCCAUGCAAAAGACCGCCAUGCAAAAGACCGCCCUGCAAAAGGCCGCGGCCGGCAGAAAAACCCGAUCGCAGUCGCGAUCCAAGAAGAAGCCGGGUGCACCACCCAAAACCGCCAAGAGAACUAACUAA